GGUAAACACACUAUACAGGGCGCUACCACCAGUCAGUAAUCAGUAGCCGAUUGUCAGUCGCGUUUUGAGAAUAUGAAGAAAUAACGUGCAUUGACAGUAUCGUACGCGGUUUGGGCGAUCGCGUGUUUGUUCCGGAACGGACGUUUUACAAUGUGUUCUUCGGAGUAUUUUAUUUGAACUUGAUUGAUUUUUUUUUCGAUUUUUUUGGUGUUUUUUUAGUGGUGAAUUAAAGCCGGAAAAGGAUAUUGAAAAAACUCGAAGAAUUUAAAGGACAUGGAGAUCUCCUUGGAUCUGGAAUGCACCUAGCACCUGACCUGAAUGACCUACGAUAUGGGGCGAAAACAAUCAAUUUGAGUUGAAAUCCACACUAAGAAGACAUGUGCUCUUCAAAAAGGCUAAACGAAAAGGGAUUACUUGGCGCAAUCUUAAAUGGAAUAAACAGGAAUACGCUUCGACUGGUCGUUGUAGUUGUGGUCUUAGGAUGGCAAUCGAUACCAACUUUGGACGCUGCAAAAAAUUCUACAAGGAGGAAAGAUCAAGCUUUCCAGAUAAACCCCAAGCCUUGUUGGGUCGACGGUCAAGAAGGCACCUGCAUGUUUGUUUAUGAAUGUAUUAAGACUGAAGGUUACCACAUAGGUAUGUGUGUCGAUACGUUUAUGUUUGGCUCAUGUUGCGCUCAUAACGCAACACAGAAUACCUUAUUACCACAGUCGCCAUCCAGUGGACAUCAGUCAACUCGGCCACAAGUACUUUACACUCAUCCUAGUCAUAGCAAUAGUAAUAACUAUCAUAAGCCAACCAAACCAUUGAGUCAUUAUAUUAGUACUAGUAGACCUAAACCAAACAGCCACCUAGCGGCCAGUAAUUCCACUAGAUCAUCAUUAGCUACACCCUAUCCCACUUUAACAACAUCAACGAAAGAAAGACCGGAAUACUCGAGGAUAUCAACACCACCACCUAGGCACAGCAUUCGACCGAUGAGCACCGACGACGAUUUUUCGCUGCAAUCGAACGCGAUUUACACCAAGCCCGGCUGGCAAAUGACCACGGAGCCGGCCUUCAUCACAUCGAACCACGGCCAAAACCAGCAAGUGGAAGCCAAUCUCCACUUGCAUUGGCAACUGACGACGGAAUCGGGCGUGGUAACUAGGAUAAAGAAGCCCACGAAGAUGAAGAGCAAACCGACCAAGAAGCCCUUGCAGAGCCUGCCCGACAAGUAUUUUACCAAAUAUACAGUGAAAGUUUCGAAACCGACCACUACGAAGAGACCGCAAGUUUCAACGAAACCUCAAACGUUAUCUGCUGAAAGAGUCACACCUAUACCCACUACUAUUCAUGUACCGACUGUAUCGAAUACUGUUACUUCAAUUUCUUCUGCUGCUAAUGAGGAAAUCGCGUGCGGUAUUCCUCAAAUGUACACGAAACCGCAAACAAGAAUAGUUGGUGGAAAAAACGCUCCCUUCGGACGUUGGCCUUGGCAGGUGUCCAUCAGAAGAACAUCGUUCUUUGGAUUCUCCAGCACCCAUCGGUGCGGUGGAGCGGUCUUAAACGAGAAUUGGAUAGCCACCGCUGGACACUGCGUUGACGACUUGCUUACCUCCCAGAUCAGAAUUAGAGUCGGGGAAUACGACUUUUCCAGCGUCCAAGAGCUGCUGCCGUACGUCGAAAGAGGCGUUUCGCAAAAAGUCGUCCAUCCCAAAUACAAUUACUUCACCUACGAAUACGAUUUGGCUUUGGUGCAAGUGGACAAAGCGCUGGAAUUCAUGCCGCACAUUUCGCCGAUUUGCCUUCCAGCAUCCAACGAUUUGCUGAUCGGGGAAAACGCCACGGUCACCGGAUGGGGCAGACUUAGCGAGGGAGGAACAUUACCUUCAGUACUACAAGAGGUGCAAGUGCCUAUAGUGAGCAAUGAUAGAUGUAAGAGCAUGUUUCUGAGAGCAGGCAGGCACGAGUUCAUUCCGGAUAUAUUCCUUUGUGCUGGGUACGAUGGAGGGGGGCAGGAUUCCUGCCAAGGGGACUCGGGGGGACCGUUGCAGGUGAAAGGAAAAGACGGCCGGUACUUUUUGGCUGGGAUUAUCUCUUGGGGUAUCGGUUGCGCGGAAGCGAAUCUGCCGGGCGUAUGCACCAGAAUAUCGAAAUUUGUUCCUUGGAUACUUAAGGUCGUAACUUGAUAUAAUUUUAAUGCUAUUGAGAAUUUUUUUAUGAAUAAUAUAUCGAAAUUCGGCUAGAAAGUUACGACUUUUUUUAAUAAUUAGGUUAAAAAAUUUGAUUGAAAAGAAAUAUUGAUUUAUUCGUACAAUAACUUGAUAAUAUAAUUGAGUUUUUGUAUAUAAAACUUUCUUGCUUUUUAUAUUAGUUUAGUUAACUGACCUGUAGAAGGUAGAUCUUAUAAUAAUUUCUAGAUUAAUUUGUAUAUUAAUUAAAUAUUUUUGUAUAAAUUUACAUUGUAAAAUUUGUAGAUAAAACUACUUAUAUGUGAUACUUAAUUUAUUUUGUUUAUAGGAUUAUUGCAUGUAGGUACUUGAAUAUUAUUAUUAUUUAUGUAAUAUCAACUUAUUUUUUAUGCAAUUAUUGCCACAGCAGCAAUUAGGUAUCGAUGUGAAGAUUUAUUUCAGUUAAUUGCAUUAUAAAGUUAAUAAAUGCUUCGAAAAGUUUAUUUAAUAAAUUUUUAUAAUUUUGUUGGAAAAUUAUACUAAAUCUGAUUACUAACUAAAUAGGUAAUUUUCUAACAGGUACAACAGGUAACAUUUUUACCUGCAAAAAUUAGAAUUUGUAGUAAAACAAUAAAUACUGCUACAAUUUCAAUCAUUUUGAUUAUUUAUAAUGUUAACUAUACUAUAAAUGGUAUGAAUUGCUAAUAAUAGGUAAUUAUAUGAAUGUUC